UUAUGUUGAGAUUAGCCACUUAGGCAAUAAAAAGUAUGGUGCAAAUUAUGCCAGUUAUUAGACCUAUUUAAAUUUGUUAGAAGCCUAUGUAAUUCUUUGGGUUGGCAAGAUUAUUUAAAUAAACUCGUAUAAGUGGGUAGGCUAGAUCUAAAACAAAAUCAUCAUGUUCAAGUUGGAAGAAGAGAAUUAGGAGUUAGAAUAGAUUAUAUAAGAUUGGAAAUCAUAAGGGAUUGAUGAAGAGAGUGAAGAUUGUGGGUCCAAGGAGAGCUAGAAGACUUAAGUUCAAGUCUCCUGGAUCUAGACAUCUGAAUCGAAAUUGUUCAAAAGCAAAUUUGAGGAGGAAGAGAAGGACUAGAUAUAUAAGUGAUGUUGAUAUGCCAAGGAUGAGGAAGUUGUUGCCAUUGAUGAAGAGGUAGAAAUGUAAAAGAGGAUCGUGAA